AUGAUUGUUAAUUCAAAUUCAUUCAUUUCAUAUUAUAUUCCAAAAGCAAACAUGUCAUUCACUCACAAAACUUUAUUUUAUUCGCGUGCAAUUCAAAGAAAUACAAAUGUAAAUGUUUCAUAUCUGAAUGAACAAAAUCUUAUUAUUACAACAAAUGCAUUGAUUAUGAAAUCUGAUCAAACAAUUAUCUAUGAAUAUUGGGGAUACAACAUCUAUAGUAUUACAAUUCCUAACACAGUUAGAACAAUCAAAUCAAGUGCAUUCGAAAAUUCAACAGCAUCAAUUUGUUUUGAACAAAAUUCACAGCUUUCAUUGAUUGAAAAUAAUGCAUUUAGAAAUUGUUUAAAUCUAAAUAAACUUGAUUUUUCUUCAAACAAUCAUUUACAAACUAUUGAAUUUUCAUCAUUCAAAGAUUGUUCUAAUUUGGAUGAAAUAAUUUUUUCAUCACCCGAUUUAUAUAUAAACAACAAUGCAUUUGAGAAUUGCAUUAACUUAGAGAAAGUAAUUAAUAUUUUGAAUAUUCCAAAUCAAUGUUUUUCAGGUUGUUCUAAACUGACGCAAGUUACAAUUCAAGAAAAUGCAAGAACUAUCGGAGUUCGAUCAUUUGAGAAUUGCAAUUCAUUAACUAGUAUUAUUAUUCCAUCAACUGUUAACAUUAUUUCAGAAUAUUCAUUCGUUAACUGCAACAAUCUUAAAUCAAUCACAUUCUCACAAGAAAAUUCACUUUCUAUGAUAUUUGUUAAUUCAUUUUCUGGAUGUGAUUCACUUCAAAACAUCAGUAACUUCGAAUCAAAUAAAUAUAAAUGUAUUGAUAAUACUCUUUACUUCAAAAAUGAUAAAAAUCUUGAUCUUAUUUAUCAUUUGAGUCAAUCAUUAGAUAAAGUGCUAAUUGUCAAUUGUACUAUUAUUUGCCGAUAUUCAUUUAAUCACAGCAACAAUAUUGUCAACAUCAGUCUUUCACCAAACAGUGUUUCGUUGAUUGAAUCAUAUUCAUUCAACAGCUGUUUAAAUCUUAAAUAUGUUAAUUUCCCUCUUAGUGUUGAAAAUGUUUCAUUUCUUGCAUUCAAUGAAUGCAAAUCUAUUCAAUGUCCUCUUUAUAUUGAGAACAAAACUACUGAAUAUCUUAAGAUGAUUGUCGAAUCUGAUAUUUCUCCAUAUCUUAUUAUUAAAUGUCGUGUUGUUCAUGGUUCAAACAAACUUCAAUGUCUUCGAACUUUAUGUAAUAAAUCAGCUAAACUUUUCUUCCAACAUCUUUCUAAAUAA